AUGGCUCCAUUCCGUGUACUAAGUUUCGAUAUUGAGUGUGCAGGUCGUAAAGGACACUUUCCAGAGGCUAAGCAUGAUCCUGUGAUCCAGAUAGCGAAUCUUGUAACUCUUCAGGGAGAGGAUCAACCAUUUGUACGCAGUGUCAUGACUCUUAAGUCAUGUGCUCCAAUCGUAGGCGUAGAUGUCAUGUCUUUUGAAGCAGAGAGAGGUGAUUUUAUUCGUGAUGUUGAUCCUGAUAUCAUCAUUGGCUAUAACAUCUGCAAAUUCGAUUUGCCGUAUCUGAUUGAGAGAGCUGCAACACUGGGAAUAGAGGAUUUUCCUCUUUUUGGUCGUGUAAAGAACAGUAGGGUCCAAGCAAUACUUAGAGACUACAAAUUAAGCUCUUAUUCGCUGAAUUCUGUCUCAGCUCACUUUCUUUCCGAGCAGAAAGAAGAUGUCCAUCAUUCUAUAAUAACCGAUAAACAGAAUGGGAAUGAGGAAACCAGGAGGCGUCUUGCUGUUUAUUGUUUGAAGGGUGCAUAUGUUCCUCAGAGGCUUCUGGACAAACCUAUUUCAUUUCUUCUUGCUAGAGGACAGAGUAUCAAGGUUCUAUCUCAGCUUCUUAGGAAAGCUAAACAGAAGAACCUGGUUCUUCCGAAUGCUAAUCAGUCUGGGUCCGAACAAGGAAGUUAUGAAGGCGCAACUGUUUUAGAAGCACGAACAGGUUUCUAUGAAAAGCCAAUUGCAACUCUGGAUUUUGCUUCAUUGUACCCGUCAAUUAUGAUGGCUUAUAAUCUUUGUUACUGCACCUUGUUGAAACCUGAAGAUGUAUGCAAACUGAAUCUUCCAUCUGAGCAGAUCCAUAAAACUCCAUCAGGGGAAACAUUUGUUAAGCAAGAUUUACAAAAGAUCAGUGCAAAUUCUGUGUACGGGUUUACGGGAGCCACUAUUGGGCAGUUACCAUGUUUAGAAAUAUCCUCAAGCGUARCUAGCUAUGGUCGUCAGAUGAUUGAACAAACGAAGAAACUUGUGGAAGAUAGAUUCACAACAUUGGGAGGGUAUGAAUACUGCAGAGACACAGAUUCAGUCAUGGUGCAAUUUGGAGUUUCGGAUGAAGAAGCUGCAAUGAACUUGGGGAGGGAAGCUGCAGAAUAUAUCAGUGCAASUUUUAUCAAGCACAUCAAAUUGGAGUUUGAGAAGGUCUAUUUUCCAUAUCUGCUGAUUAACAAGAAGAGGUAUGCUGGUUUGCGGACAAAUCCUCAAAAGUUUAACAAAAUGGACACCAAAGGAAUCGAGACAGUACGAAGGGAUAAUUGUUUACUGGUCAAGAACCUUGUGACCGAGAGAAUUCACAAAAUACUAAUUGAUAGAGAUGUUCCAGGCGCAGCCAAGUAUGUUAAGAAUACAAUUUCGGAUCUUCUCAUGAACCGUAUUGACUUGUCACUUUUGGUGAUUACCAAGGGCCUAACUAAAACAGGAGAUGAUUAUGAAGUUAAAUCAGCUCAUGGUGAACUUGCUGAAAGCAUGCGUAAGAGGCAUCCUGCUACAGCGCCAAAAGUUGGGGAUCGGGUACCGUAUGUUAUUAUAAAAGCUGCUAAAGGUGCCAAGGCUUAUGAACGGUCAGAAGAUCCGAUAUACGUGCUUGAGAAUAACAUCCCGAUAGACCCAAAUUACUACCUGGAGAAUCAAAUUAGCAAGCCACCAUUCUCCACAUACUGUAAAGAAGUUGUGGAGGUCAAGAGCGUGCUUAAUGGAGGUGGUGAUGAAGGUGGAGGAGAUGGUGAGGGAGACGAUGGAGAGGAGUUUAGUGGAGGUGGUGAUGAAGGUGGGGGAGACGAUGGAGAGGAGUUUAGUGGGGGAUCUGAUGGAGGAGAUGGUGGGGGAUUUGAUGGAGAUGGAGACAAUGAAGUGGUAAACAGAAACAGAAACAGAAACGAGGUCUGGUGGGAUAUUGAGAAUGGAGGUUUUACGUAUGAUUUCUUUGAGAAGGAUGGAGUUGAUCCUACGGAUAGUAGGUAUGCAGGAGAUCAAGCAGUGGAUAGACGCAUUAAUUUAGCACUUACUCAUUGGCUUGCGGAGAACCCUCCAUCGCAGAAUGUGUUGCUUAUUUCCAAUGAUAAAUGGUUUAAAACCAUUCUAGGGUUCUUGGCAGAUGCUGCUGGGCACACGACCCUCGUGGUUUCCAUGAAUGAUCCAUCUAAACAAAACAAAAUGAAGAGAUGUAUCAUUCAUGGAAACCACGAGGAUCGUGUGCCCAGCAUCUGCCAAAGACCCUAG